UUAAUGUUACGAGAAGCGUUACAGAGCUAGCUAAAGAACCACAGGUCAGAGUCGCAGCUUCUGUCAGUGUUUGCUGUUAUGACUGAAGACUGUAGAGUUGAUCUCGGUAAUAAACUGGAAUAGUAGUGAGGAGAAAUAAAGGUGCAAGAGGAGGGAGGUAGGUGUAAAAGGAGCAGGCGCAGGAGAGCGGGAGUUGGAAAAAACAGCAGAUAUGGGAUCAGACAGGAAGAUGUGUAAGACUCUGCUCUGGCUGUUGGCCUCACUAGCCUUUUUCUCCUGGAUUUGCUCAGCUGAUGGAUCUCCACUGAAAGUGAUGUCUGCCCCCAACUUGUUGCGAGUAGGAACACCAGAAAACAUAUUUGUGGAGUGUCAAGAUUGCACUGAUGAUAAUGACAUCAGGGUCGAAAUCAGGGUCAUGAACUAUCCAACCAAAACCAAAAUGCUGGUGUCCACAUCUGUUACCCUAAACAGUAAUAACAAAUUCCAGGGCUUGGAGCCCAUUCAGAUCCCUGCUGAGGACUUUAGUAAAGAUCCCGACAUGAAGCAGUACGUGUACCUGCAAGCUCAGUUCCCUGACCAACUGCUGGAGAAAGUCGUCUUGGUGUCCUUCCAUUCUGGCUACAUCUUCAUCCAGACCGACAAGACCCUCUACACCCCUGGCAGCAAAGUUCAUUACAGGUUGUUUGCACUGACGCCACAUAUGGAGCCUGUGGAGAGGAACAAUAAAACCUAUAUUGAUCCCUCUGUUGAAAUUAUGAUUAUGACCCCUGAGGGCAUCAUUUUAGCACUUGAUCAAACCAUUGUGAAAUCAGGGAUCCACUCUGGACAUUAUCAACUUGCUGAAAUUGUCAGUAUCGGACUGUGGAAAGUGGUGGCAAAGUUCCACAGCAAACCACAGCUGACUUAUUCUGCAGAGUUUGAAGUCAAACAAUAUGUGCUACCCAGUUUUGAAGUUAAACUGACAUCUGAGGCCUCCUUCUUCUACGUGGACAGCCAGAAGCUCACCAUCAACAUCAGAGCUACGUAUCUGUUUGGUAAAGAGGUAGAUGGGACAGCCUACGGGGUAUUUGGGGUUGUGCAUGAAGGUCAAAGGAGGAGCUUUCCCAGCUCUCUUCAGAGAGUGCCGAUUGUGAACGGUCAAGGAGAGGUCACACUGACAAGAGAGCACAUCACACAGACCUUCCACAACAUCCUUGACCUGGUGGGGAGUCCUAUAUAUGUAACCGUCAGUGUGCUGACAGAGACUGGAACUGAAAUGGUGGAAGCAGAGCUGAGAGCUUUCCAGAUUGUCACGUCUCCUUAUACCAUCCAGUUCAAGAGAACACCCAAAUAUUUUAAACCAGGAAUGACCUUUGAUAUGAUGCUAGAAAUUUUGAAUCCUGACGGCACUCCCGUAGAGGGUGUUGAAGUGGGAGUUAAUGCGGACGUGGUGCAGGGCAUCACUGCAUCCAAUGGCAUGGCAAGGCUUGCCAUCAAUACAGAGGAAUAUGCUGAAUCACUGACAAUCAAUGCAAAGACCAAUGACCCCAAUAUUUCACCUGAAAGGCAAGCAUCAGCCACCAUGGUAGCUCUUCCUUAUAUCACCAAAAGCAACAAUUACCUUCACAUAGGUGUUGAUACAGCUGAAGUAGAAUUAGGACAGAAUAUGAAAAUGAACCUCAACUUCAACAAGCAGACAAAUGCACAAGAUGACAUCACAUACUUGAUCCUGAGCAGAGGUCAGCUGGUGAAACAUGGCCGUUACAAGACAGAAGGACAAGUACUGAUUGCCCUGAUAGUUCCAAUCACCAAAGACAUGCUGCCAUCAUUUCGCAUCGUAGCCUACUAUCAUACAAGUGACAAUGAAGUGGUAUCAGAUUCUGUUUGGGUGGAUGUCAAGGACACCUGCAUGGGCUCGUUAAAGUUGGAAACAACCACAAAUCCACCUUAUUUACCUCGCAAUAAGUUUGGACUGAAGAUAACAGGAGACCCAGGGGCCACAGUGGGACUGGUGGCGGUUGACAAAGGCGUCUACGUCCUCAACAAGCAGCACACACUUACCCAGAAAAAGGUAUGGGACACAGUAGAGAAGUACGACACAGGCUGCACACCAGGUGGAGGGAAGGACAGCAUGAGUGUGUUCUACGAUGCUGGGCUGUUGUUUAAGUCCAACAGUGCUUCUGGGACCCCCAACAGACAAGAACUGAAAUGUCCGGCUACCAGCAGGAGGAAACGAGCCACUACUAUAACGGAUGUCACAACCAGCCUAGUGAGUCAGUAUAAAGAAGGACUACAACGUGACUGUUGUUUGGAUGGCAUGAGGGAAACCCCCCUCUCAUACACCUGUGAGGUGCGCAGCGAGUACAUCACUGACGGUACAGCUUGUGUCGAGGCCUUCCUCCACUGCUGCAAGGAGCUGGAAAGCCAGCGAGCUGAGAAGAAGCGGGACAGCCUACAACUGGCUCGCAGUGAGGAAGAUGACCACAGUUACAUGGACAGCAAUGAGAUCGUUUCCCGCACCAAGUUCCCAGAAAGUUGGCUGUGGUCAGAUAUCAAACUACCUGCUUGCCCCCAAGAAAAGUCUAACUGCUACCCCACAUCAUUUCAGACAGAAUUUCCUUUGCAAGACUCCAUCACAACCUGGCAGUUUACUGGCAUUAGUCUCUCAAGAACUCACGGUAUCUGUGUUGCCGAUUCUCUAGAAGUAAUUGUUCGGAAAGAUUUUUUUGUUGAUCUUCGACUUCCUUACUCUGCUGUCCGAGGAGAGCAGCUGGAAAUUAAGGCAAUCCUUCACAACUACAGCCCCAAUCCUGGCACAGUGCGUGUGGAACUGAUUGAGGUGGAGCAUGUGUGCAGUGCAGCUUCUAAGCAUGGGAAAUAUCGUCAGGAAGUUACAGUUGGGGCCGAAAUGACACGAUCUGUACCCUUCAUCAUUAUUCCCAUAAAGGAAGGACAAUACCGCAUUGAGGUCAAAGCAACUCUUAAAGAAUCACUUCUCAGUGAUGGAAUCAUAAAGAUUCUGCGAGUAGUGCCUGAAGGCUUACUGAUAACAUUUCCCCAGAUAGUAACCCUUGACCCUGCAAAAAAAGGUGUAGAUGGUCAACAAGUGGAAACUAUCAACAGUAGAAUUUCUAUGAGAGAUUCGGUACCAAACACACCAACUAUCACACAGAUCUCUGUGACAGGAAGAGAGGAUGAAAGUUUGAUGUUUAAGAAUACAAUUAGUGGGGAAUCUAUGGGUAAUCUGAUCUACCAGCCCUCAGGCUGUGGCGAGGAGAACAUGAUGCACAUGACCCUGCCUGUCAUCGCGACCAUGUAUUUGGACAAAACCAACCAGUGGGAAGCUGUGGGCAUUGAGAGACGUAACGAAGCCAUUCAACAUAUCAUUACUGGUUACCAAACCGAGCGGAAUUCCUCCCGCAAAAAUGAUGGGUCUUUUGCUAUGGAUCUCAAUCACCAAAGCAGCACCUGGCUGACAGCCUAUGUUGUCAAGGUGUUUGCCAUAGCCCAAACUCUGAUGGCAGUGGAAAGACAUGUGAUCUGUGACGCUGUCAGGUUUCUCAUUCACAACGCACAGCAACCUGAUGGACAGUUUGGAGAAGUUGGAAAGGUGGCCCACAAGGAGAUGAUUGGAAAUGUGCGUGGUACCGAUUCAGAUGCCUCCAUGACAGCCUUCUGUCUCAUUGCUAUGCAGGAAUCACGCACAUUAUGUGCUGCCACACUUAAUACUCUGCCAGGCAGCAUAGACAAAGCUGCUGCCUACCUGGAGAGGCGUCUGCUCAGCCUAAUCAACCCAUAUGCUGUUGCCAUGACAUCAUAUGCCCUGGCCAAUGAAAAUAAGCUGAACCAGGAGUUCCUCCUCAUGUUUGCUUCACCAGACUUAUCCCACUGGCCUGUACCUAAGGGACGAGUCUACACCCUGGAGGCCACAGCUUAUGCUCUUCUGGCACUGGUCAAAGCUGAGGCCUUUGAGGAAACCAGACCCAUUGUGAGAUGGUUGAACAAACAUCAGAGAACGAGUGGACGCUAUGGAUCACUUCAGGCUACCAUAAUAGUGUAUCAGGCCGUAGCUGAGUACUGGACCAGUAAAAGAGAACCAGACUAUGAUCUGAAUGUGGACAUCCUGUUGCCAGGCAGGUCAAACCCUUACAAGUACAAUCUCAACGUGGAUAACCUCCUUAACACGAGAACAUCUAAAAUGAAUUAUAUAAACAAGGACGUGCAAGUCAAAGCCACUGGCAGAGGAGAAGCAACACUUACAAUGGUGUCGCUGUAUUACGCUCUGCCUAAAGAAAAGGAGAGUGACUGUGAAAAGUUUAACCUGUCAGUGCAGCUCCUCCCAGAAAAAAUGGAUGAGGAUGGGAAAAUAUACAAUCUGAGAAUAGAGGUUUUGUAUAAAAACAAAGAACAUGAUGCAACCAUGUCAGUCUUGGAUAUUGGCUUGCCAACUGGCUUCACUGUUAACACAAAUGACCUCAACUUGUUGUCCAAAGGACGUGCCCGCACUAUUACAAAAUAUAAGAUAGACGACCAGUCAGAAAGAGGCUCACUCAUCAUCUACCUGGACAAGGUUUCUCACAAACGUCCAGAGGAGAUCACUUUUAGGAUCCAUCAGAAGCUGAAAGUGGGCGUCCUACAACCGGCUGCUGUGUCUGUCUAUGAAUACAAUAAUCAAACAUACUGUGUGAAAUUCUACCAUCCUGAGAGGAUAAAUGGAGAGAUACUGAGGCUGUGUCUAAAGGAUGAAUGCACAUGUGCUGAAGAGAACUGCAGUAUGCAGAAAAAGGGCAAAAUCAACAAUGAUGAGCGCACAGCUAAGACUUGUGAGAUUACAGGUCAAAGCAAAAUCGAAUUUGUGUACAAAGUGAGAGUGGAAAAUCUCACAGAUGGUUUGUCCACUGACAUUUACAGAAUGCGGAUACUGGACGUCAUCAAAGAAGGAACUUCUGAUGUGGGUCCACAGGGUAAACUGCGCACAUUCCUCAGCUUUCAGCACUGCAGAGCGGCUUUAGACCUGGGGAUCAGCAAAACCUACCUCAUCAUGGGCACAUCCAAAGCUAUUUACAGAGAUGAACAAAAUCAACUGCAUCAGUACGUGCUUGGUGAGAGAACCUGGAUCGAGUACUGGCCCACAGAGGUGGAGUGUUCAGAGGAAGAAUACUCAUCAACAUGUGUGGGCAUUGAGGAGAUGGAAAGGCAAUUCAAAUUAUUUGGAUGUCAACAGUAGUGAAAAUUGAAGUAAAUAAAAGUAAUAAAAGCA